AUGUUCCACACUACUUUGUGCCCGAAAGGCUGUGAUAUCGUACACCACGAUGUGAUCAUUGCUCUUCAAGGUCUCGCUCCACGCAUAAACUCGUCGCAGAAUGCAGCGCCAUUCAGUCCAACCAGGGCCACCCGUGGUAAUAAUAAAGAAGACUUCAGAAAACAGGUCGAGAGACUAAUUUCCGGCGGCUGGAAGAAGAACAGGAACGUCCCAGAGGAUGGAAAAGAGUUGCAGUUGCCACUGCUUCACCUGGUAAGCAUGUUUGGAAAGUAUGAGGCAGUUGAAUGGUUGUUAAACGAAGAAGACUUCGACGCAACCCUUAGAACCUCCACAACCAAUGAGACUGCACUGCAUUUGGUAGCUCGUCACCUUUACAAGGCACUGUCAGCUCGUGAAUCAAGGCUGGAGAACAUGACUGCCACUGCUAAAGCGGUCAAUUUUGAGAAAGUAGCUGUACUUCUCGUCAGGAAAGAAGUGAGCCUUUUCUGGGCAAAAGAUGGCUUGAAUAGGGAGACAGCUUUUCAUAUUCUUGGAAAUUGUCUGGUUAAAGCUACUUUCCUGAAUAAUGACUUAAAAGAAGAAGAUCGGUGCUUGGUAUUCUACUCAAAGAGUAUUACUGCCAUGUUUAAACUUCUACUGGCAGCAAAACGCUUAACAACAAGGGAUAUUGUAAAGGCACUAAGCGUUAGAAAUGGUGAUGGCGAUAGCUCUUUACACAUAAUUGCCAGGGCAGGAGUACAUGGCUACAAACUGCUCAAAUACCUGGUGAAGUCUCUAGGGUCUGCUGAUAUCAUGAAAGUAAAGAAUAGUAAACAUCGGACUGUGCUAGAUAUCGUGAAUGAAUGUUAUCCUGGUCAUGAAAAGGAGUUGCUUGCUAUUGAGGAAGGUGAGGCUGUCAUCCUUAGAGGUGUUGGCAACCAAACUUGUAUUUUGACAAGUUUUCUUUUACAUUAGUCAGGACUAACAUAACAAUGGGAUAGAUAGUUUAGUAGGUAGAUGGAUAACUUAAUUUAAUGUGGAUGAAACAGUUCUAGUUUUUCCUUAAAAAAUGCUAAUAAGAAAGAAACAUGAACAAGAAAGCUAAGUGAUUUUGGCCAAGCAAACCUGGUCAGUGACAGUGUCCUCAGGUGGUCCAAAGCUGCCUUCAAGUAAUUUUUCAUGAGAACAAUGCAAAAGUAAUGCCACCAACUGGCCAGCCAUGCAAAACUAUGUACCAACAAUUUGGCUUUAUACAUAAAUGAUAUCUUUUAAGAGCUGACCUAAAAAUGGUUGUUUCAGAACUGACAGAAUAUCUAUAACAGGGUCCUUAGCAACUAAUGUUCAAGAGUCAUCAGUUAAAAUCCUGUUGAAGCCAGAAUUCUUCAAGGCAUUUUUCUGCAAUUGCCAAAAUUGCAGUCCAUCUGCAAGAAUCAUUUGUUUGCUCAAACUUCCUUAAGGUAGUUAUAAUAGUCUAAUUUAAAAACCUUGUCUCUUUAACUGGAGUUGUACUGUUCAGUGGGUCUGACAUUGAAAUGAAAUAUAAUCCAGCAUCAUGAGGAACAUUGACAUUCCUUCAUCUAUUUACUACAGGGAAAAGAAACACUAUGGCCUUAGUUCAUGCAACCCUAGCUGCAGAUGACAGAACACGUACAGCAACUACACCAAGCUCAAGUGAGCACAAGAAAGAAUCACAGGAGCAGGUCAACCUCAUUCAGGAGAGAUCCAAUGAAGCUUCAGGGUUGUGCUCUGAACCAGCAUCAUUAAACUGUGACUCAGCAAAACAGGAAAAGCAAUGUGCUAUACAUACAAAACACUUUUCAGACACAUGUUCUCAAGAAUGCUUUGAUACAAUGGCAGCAGUUAAUGUUAUUCUUAACACCCACACUCCGCUCUGUCCAGAGGAAUGUGAUCUGCAGCAUCACCUACUCACAUGUGCUGUCUUCCACCCCUCAGUUGUAUUCCACACAGACAUUAAUGCUAGCAUUCCUCUGACAUUCAAGUUGUGUUUACAGUCUUGUCUUAAUGCAGGCUGGAAACAAAAUAUGGAUGUUCCAGAUCCUCUAGAGAGUCUACGUCUUCCAUUGCUUCACCUGAUUUGCAUGCGAGGAAACUUUUCUGCAGCAGAAAAACUUGCUCAAGAAAUAAAGCUAAGACCUGUUGUCUCUUCAGAGGGAAAGGAAACUCCUCUUCAUGUUGCUGCUAGGUAUUUCCCAAUAACAUAUCCUGACAAAAUUAUUGCAGAUGUCACAUUCAAGUCAGUCUUGAACUUUCUUGUCAAGCAAGACAAAGGAAUUCUUUUCAAAGUUGAUGCUAAGAAUGAAUCAGUGCUUCAUGUUGUUAGCCAUAGGAUAAUUGCAGCUUUCAAAGUCCUUGCAAGGCCAUGUGAGAAUUCUUACCUCCGUAGCUUACAGCUCAGACAAAAGAACUGCUACAUGAAAGCAUUGAAAAUUAUUCUUGAAAAGCUGACAGAUCUCCAGUCAGAGGACAAGGUUUGUAGAAGACUAAUUUGCGAAUUGCUGGCUGUUCAGAAUGAUGCCAAUAGCACAUUCAUCGAUGUUCUUCGUAAAGACUCAGUGAACGAAAUUGUACAGAGCCUUGUUUUGCAUGUGAAGGAGGAAUUGCCAUUUUGUUUUGCUGAUGGAAGUUUUGAUGUAGUCAUCACAGAAUGCCCAUCAUCAUGUCCUUGCAAAGGAAAAGCUGUUUCUACCAAGAACCUUGGUAGUCAAAUGAAAGCUUCUCAAUCAGAAGGUUUGUUACCCCUUGCAAAGGAGCAGUCUACUGUGAAAUUUCUGUAGAUGUGAUGUACUUGUUGCUUUAGUUGCUCUAUGUAGGGUUCACAAUUCUCAGAAGAGGAGUGAAUUACCUGAAUAAAUAAAUAACACUGUAUCUCCUUCAUUUUUCUGUUUCUUUUGCACUUAUUUGAGAAUUAUAAACCCUCUCAGAGUAAAGGAGAAGUUAAGAUUUCUUCAAUCCUUUACUCCCACAAGGAUAGAGGGUCAAGACUUUUAUAAGGAGUAAAUGCAAAUGUCCAGUGGUAGUGCCAACAAUGGCACAAACAUGAUCAGACUAUUUUAGGCAGAUACCAUGGGUUUUCUAAGAACUGUAAUGAUGUCAACUCUGUUAACAAUCAGAACAACCACCUGCCAAUGUCAAUGUUUUGCAUUCUAGGCGGAGACUAUCACAACAUGUCUUUCACAUCAUCAUGAUCAUCAUCACUGUCCACAUUACAGAGUGAAGUCAUUUCUUUGCAAUGAAACAUCAGUAUUCAAAUUCGCUAUGCUGUUCUGUUCUCCUUACAAGGGGGAUUUGUUUGACUAUCAAGAGCUUCAGUUUGCAAUCAUUUUAUUCUCAUUACCUUAAUAUUUGGGUCAGGGAUAAUACAGUUGGGAGAUAUUACAUGCUUAUCAUCACUCAGAGAUCAUCACUCAAGUGGUUAAUGCUGAAAGUGUGUUCUUGGGAGAGACAAUUAAAUGUAACAGUAUCUCCCACCCUGGAGUUGAAUUAGAUACAGGCUAACUGGGGGGGGGGGGAUAGGAGAAAUAGUCUUUUCAAUGCUGCAAAAGCUAGAAUAAGCACUGGUGGUGUGAGUUACCAUGCCUGGGAGACUUUUUUAAUCAGUUCACAAAUCUGAAAGGCAAAGUACAUGCAGAUUGAAGACAACAAUAGGAAAUUGGGUUCUUUUAUUUGUCUGGUUUUUUUUUUUUCUCCUACUGAAACAGUAGGGAAUGUAUUAAGAGGAAUUGUAAUAAAUGAAGAUACAAAAAUUUGACUAAUUGCAAAAAGAAAAUGGACUAAUUUAUGAAUUAAGAUGUUCUAAUACUGAAUGUAUUGCCUCUAACCAAAGGUGGAAGAUCAAAUUCAGUUCAAGAACCAGUGUCAUCUUCACAAACUCUGUCACCACAUGUAGACCACAGGGCUACCAUACAGCUUCAACCAGCUGCUUCCGCCCAAACAGCACCAGCUGCUCACAGCCAAUCUUGCCAUCUUACUCCCGUUCAACCUGCUCAGGCUACCUCCGGUCAACUGUUGCAAGUUGGUUGCAUUCCACCUGCACAAGUUUCUUGCAAUCAACCUGCACAAGUUACUUACAAUGAGCCUGUUCAGUAUUCUUCCGCUCAGCCAGCCCAAAUCCAAGCUGUUCAAGCAGCUACAACAUCAAGAAGGCCCCAAGCACAAGUGCAAAGCAUUCAAGUGCUUAGACAAGCAACAGCAGGCAACUCCUUACAGCAGACUUUCCCUGUAGCAAAACCCACUCACCAUAUUCCUGUGGUCAUUAUAAAACAGGAACAGGAUGGUGAAGAAUGUGAUGCUGAGUGUUUUCAUACCAGUAGUAGCCAAUGCAGAGCUCCCCCACCAAAACAGAAUGCUGUUAUAGUUACAUCAGACACCCCUGAUGUUUCCAUUGCAGUUCAGAAUCCUUUAACAACACAGACAGCUGAAGAGGGGGUUCAGCAAGGAAACCCAUCUUUGUUUUGUUCUUCACCAUUGGAAUCGCUUCAGCAAAUGAACCAGGCAGUAAGAAAUGGGACAGCAGCUUUUGAUCCUCCAUCAGUUGUCAGUACCCAAACAACAGCUGUACCACAUCGACGAAGACGGGGUCGACCUUGCCAAGCUGUAAAGAGCAGUAGUACAGGUGCGGCUGUUGGCCAAACAGCAACAAAGACAUUGUCACAGACUGAACUACAGAAGAUAACCCUAACAGUUAAAGACACAAUUGUAGCAGAAUCAUUGGAUAGUUUAUCUGACACAGACUACAAGUUAGGUAUGGUAACUAAAAAUAUUGCCCUCCUUCCUCCUGCAUCAUGGUGGGUGUACUUCUAUGGGUAAAAAGGUAGCAAUGUUAGUUUCGUAAAUUGUGCAUUUCAGUAAAUUCAGUAACGUUAUAUUCAACCAUGUCACCAAAACUGAAGCAAGUAGGGCACAACUUCUUAUCAGAUUAGGCCUUAGCAUGCUACAGUACAGAAGUGUGACUUGUUCUUAGGCAUUGUACUUUCAUCAUUUAUAAUUAAAUCAAACUAAUCUAAUUGACGUGCAAGACAUUUUAUACUGAUUGCUUUAUUCCAUACUAGUAUGGUGAAAGUGUUUCUUAAACCUUGAAACUCUCAGAAGUAAUGAACAUGUAACUUCUCCAUAUAAUAUCCAAACAUAUGACAAGUAGAAUUUGUUUUGUUGAUAUAACACCAAACUCUGGUUACUAAUUGACAAUGAAAUACGUAGCAGCUUGGGGGAAGACUUAACAAUCAGGUUUUGAGAGUUAAGGAGCUAAUUAGUAAUCAUAAGUUAUAAACUGGGCUGAAGUGUUUUGUUAAUGGUGGUAUGAUCCUUUCAAGAACUAAUUUCAUGGAAAGAGACAUUUAUGAUUUGCCCUCUUUAUAAACUGUGUAAAUUGUAGUUAUAUUCUUUCCUUUAUAGAUUUAUUUCACACACCGCUUUGUGAUGAAAAUUGCAGUAUUUCCCAUCAUCACCUUAUCUUGACAUUGUUGAACACCUCAAACAGAUUGUGUUCCAAAAGACGAGCAAACAGUUUUUUGGUGCUUUUGGAAAAUACUAAAGUCAACUUCCUCAAAUGUGUGAAGAAGAACCUCAUGCAGGGUCUUUGCAAGGAUAAUGAUCUCUGCAAUGAUUUGGAAAUUUUCCAGUAUCCACUGAUUCAUGUAGCAGCACUGCUAUUAAAGUACACAGCAGUAGACAUGCUGAAUUAUCUUGGAUUUAAACUGGACUCCUGCUCCCAGAGAACAGGUGAGUUUCCCCUGCAUGCAACUCUUCGUCACUGCUACGAAGCUGGUGUGAAAGUUUACAAGUCACCUGGAUACUUUGAGAGGCUUUUUCCUAAGGUGUUUGAAUGUCUUUCCAAGGAUAUUAGUUUGUUGAAGCUACUGUCACAGCAAGAUAGAAAUGGAAAUACACCUCUACAUGUUGCAGCUAAGAAGAUUAUUGAAAGACCAGGUCCCAUCACAACAUCGGCAAACAUAAUAGUACCAUCAAGCCCUGAUUCCACUCAAGAAUGUCACUCUUGCAGUUCCCAAGCUCAACCAACUACUCAGGUGUCUUUAGGUUGCAACUCAGGAGCAAGGAUUACAACAAUCCACCAACACAGAGCUAAUUUUUACAUAGGUUGUUUGGUUUACAUUUUCUUAAAACUCCGUGAAGUUGCCACAGAAAAUCGUAAAGUUGUCCUCAGUGUAGUCAAACCUGUACUCACAGUUACAAACAAGGAAGGAGAAACAUUUUUGCAAAUCAUGUGCAAAGAGCAUCACAUUGCCAUGAAUGGUAUAGUUUCAUUGCUCGCCAAUUUCCCCCUCCCUGUGUUUUGUAACUGCAUUAAGGAGUGUAUUCCAAAAGACUGUUGGCCUGACAUUGUUAAGAACCGGCACCUCCAUGAAGAACAUGAGAUUGACUGUGGGUCGAAUCAAAAUGAACCUGUGUCGUCUCCCCUGGAAGUGUCCAUGCCACCAGAGAAAGAAAGAGGUAACUUUACCAAAAGUGUUAAGUAGUAUAUUGAAAGACUGAAACUGUGGUGAUGUCUUUGUAAUCAUUGAUCACUGAACAUUGAACAUUCCCAAAUUGAAUUGUAAUCUUAGAUGUUUACAAUGGUAAUAGGACCAAGUGGAGUCCAAUUCGGUCUGUAAUCAUACAAGUGAUUAACAAAAUUGGACGAGCAUGAAGCAGGAGUCCAAUUUGUUAACCAUGAGAAUGAUUACAGACAGAAUUGGACAACAAGAAGUCCUGUUAGCAAUUAAUCAUAACCAUUUCUAUUUUCCCCCCAAAAAAAUACACCUAGAACAAUUAUCUCCAGUGGAGACAAUGUAUUUUGUUUGACAUUCCUCCAUUUUGUAAAUUCCCUAGUUUUUCUUUGGAUAAGUGGUUGUUGCUAUGGUUAUUGUGAUAAUUUCUGUGAUUGGUGGACUAGUGGAGUGGACUUAGUAUGAUUGGCUGCUUCAACUGUCUGAUUACAGGAGUGCCAUUACAGCCAACUAUCCGAUUACACUGUCUUAUUACAAUUGUACAGAAUGAUUAGUGAAAAAUGAAGCUGUGAAUACACCAAUAAUAUUUGAGGAAUUUGUAAUGGUUAUGAUUAAGGGAAGAAUAAUACCUAAAAACUCAGAGAAAAACUGUUCAAGAAAAAAAUGAGAAACAUCAAUCAACACAACCACAUUGGGAUUUGAGAUGUUUUGCUUGAUUCUAUAUGAUUAUUUGUGGCAAGCUCUUCACCAGUGCACCAUUCUUGCCCUGCUCAUGAUGUAACUUUUGUGAUUUUCCUGCACAAUAUUAAUUCAGGAUGAUUUCUCUAAAUGCUCUUGAAUUCCUGGAUGGCACCUCUUUGAGUGCGGUAUUUCUACCUACACUAAGAUAAACUCAAGGAGGUCCACAAUAUGAGAAAAAUAAUUUUUUUUGGUGUAGUGGUUAAUUUUCAGUAGUGGAUUGAUCUAGGUUGCUCCUGGAAAACCAUUUGAAAUUUAAAAGCUUAAGUACCAGCAGACAAGUCUAAAUUUAACUGUACAACAAUCUGAUUUUGUUAGACUCCUAUUUUCAUGUGCUUAAAGAAUGGUUGUUGCUUACAAACUUACAGUGAAACAGUUUAAUGACCAUGAAAUUAAAGGCACAGAUCAAGCUAGAAAAAACAGACAUUAAGAACUGCUGUGGCUGGUUGAGUCAAGACAUAUUUUGUACUACAUGAUUAUAUCUUCUGUGUGUGGUGCUAUCAUCAACUGCAUGUGCACUUUAUUUUUCAUUAGGAGCACAACCUUCCAAACCAGAGUCACCCAAGCCAUCUUCAGAUGUUAUUUUUUCAGAAACACCUGUUACUGUCUCCCCCUUAGCAGAGGUGUCCAUAGCUGACGAGUCCAUUUCUGUUCCCUCUCCAGCCACACCCCUACACAGCAGUGCUAGUGCAAUAUCACAAAGUUCGGGUUCCGGUGUGGGCAACCUCAACUCAGUUCUUACACCACUGGUAGCAAACCCUGUGCACACCACACUGAGACCAACAACUAAACGGAAGAUCAUUGAAGCAUUAAGGGAAGAGUACACAGAGAGAUUGGAAUUGGCUGUGAAGGGGAGGCAUGAAGUUGAGGAAGACAUCUCUAAGCACAAGUCAAAGACAAAAGAACUCACAGAGUCUAUCAUUAAGAGAAAGGCUCAAGUGGAAAAGCUGGAAAAAGAACUGCAGGAGAUGCAAAAGGAAAUGUGGCACAAGAAUCAGGCCAUUCAAGCUCUGGAGAGCAGCCUUGAGCAGUUUACAAAAGAAGAGGCAGAACUGAAAAAAAAUCUCCUUAUUCUCCAAGAGGCAGAUCCUGAGCCACCUGCCAAGAAGAAUAGAAGUGAGGAAAGCAGCUGCUCUGAAUAGUAAAAUGAGUGGAAAACAGGAAAACUCUAAGGAAAGAUAGUCUUGUAGUUAUUUUGACAGCAAAUAAUUUCACAUCACCAGGCCUUGUGCCUUACAGUCCAUUUUCUUAAAAAGGAAGGCAUCCUUAAGGCAAUGAUUCUGAUGCAGUCAGAAAUUGUUCAAGUCCCCUUUUGGAAACAAAGGGUUUUAAUGUUCACAUUUCUGAUAAAAGAAUAAUUCUUACAAGAUCUCUCCUAGUAGGAUGCUCCCUAACUGAUUGAUAGGAUUAUUAUACAAAGCCUGUGGAGGGAUUACAUACUGUAUGUGAUUCACCAGGCUCCUUGAUUUCACAUUUUGAAAAUCAGGGAUAGAGGAAAUAAAAUGGAUUGUGACAUCAGCCAUAGGACAAAGGACAUUGACAAUUAUAUUUUAAAGGAGACUGAGCAAACCAGCUGGUCCAUGUUGGACAUUACAUUAUUAUUGAUAUUUACCUGAUUUUUCAUAUCACUAAUUUUAAUUAAUCUAGAAAACUAAAGUAGGAUUUAGUCUGCGUGGUGAUAGCAGUGAAAUUUUAAUUGAAUCACUGCCUUUUUGUUUUUAUUGUUAUUAAGAGCCCUGCUCUUUAAAGUCCCGGAUGGGAUUUUGACAUCUCUUACAUUAAUUCCUUUUGGUAGAGCUGAAAACAAAAGAUUCUGUGGAGGGCACAGUUCUGUGCCUUUGCUAAAGCAUUGACCAAAAGUUAUGACUACAUGCAUUUCUACGUAUGUUGUGUAGAACCAGUAUCUAGUUUGGGUGGAAUCUUGAGGUGUUAUGAAACAAUUCUAUGUUGGUAAACUGUUUUUCAGAUAAUUUUGAACAUUUGGUUUAAGUUUUGUCAAUAUUUAUGCUGUGUAUUUUUUGCUACAUAUUUGCAAAAUGUUAUUGGUCAACCAGACAUGUUAAUAAAGAUUUUAAUAAGG